AUGAGUGCAAUCGCUGAGGACGGUGAUGGCACUAUGCCCGAGCCCGUCAAGGUCCUGUUCACUCUCCACUCAGGCCUGGAUGCCCUCGACUUCAUCGGUCCUCUUGAAGUUCUCAGCCACGCUCGCCAUGACCCCAAUGAUCCUGGUAAGUUGCAUUGCGAGCAUCACGUGCUAUUGUAUCAUUUUCUUGAGGGUUCAGCAACUGAUCAGUUUUCUCGCNNAGAAAGCAAGGCAUUCGAAGUCACCUUUGUCGGCGACUCCGACUAUGUCACAUCUGCUCAGGGCGUCUCGUUCAAGACCGACAUGACCUUCCGCGAGGCUCACAAGCAUCUCGCCAACUACGACGUUGUCAUCGUCCCUGGUGGAGGCACGGAUAACAUCCUCAGCAUCCCUUACUUCGGCAAGAACAAGGCCACCGAGCCCAUGGCUCUGAUUAAGUCGUACGCCGAUAUUCAGACCAAGAACCCCAUGAGAGAGAGAACUCUCAUGUCGGUCUGCACUGGCUCNCUCUUUGUGGCCGAGACCGGCAUCCUCUCUGGACUGUCGGCCACCACUCACCCCGACUACAUGAUCAAGAUGGAGAACCUCAACCAGAGUGUUUCUCAUCGCGACAUGUCUGAGCGCUUCGACGUCAUGGAAGAGCGCUACGUCGUCAACAACCUUCGCUUCGACAUUAACGAAGAGGAAGACAACCCCUACAUCCGCAGACGCUCCGACUCGCACUCGGGUCGUCGUCCCAGCAAUGCUCGCAAGGGCAGCUUCUCUUUCAAGCAGAGCAAUACUCGUCGUGAGAGCAACGCUAGACGUGCUCAGCUCAAGCUUGGUGGCCUCCGCGUCAUCACCAGCGGUGGCAUUUCGACUGGUCUCGAUGCUGCCUUCUAUCUUGUCAGUGCUCUGGUCAGCCACGAGUCGGCCAACGAAGUCGCUCGCAAGAUGCAGUACGAAUGGCACAAGGGUGUCGUUUGCAAGGGUGUUGAUGUCUGA